ACAUGGCUGACUGCAUUAAAUGCCCAGAAGACCACUAUCCAGGCAAAAAACAUGAUUCAUGCAUUCCUAAGGAUAUAAGCUUUUUGUCAUAUGAAGAAUCUUUGGGAAUCAAUUUAGCCAUUUUUUCUCUUUCCUUUUCUUUAACCACAGUGCUGGUACUAGCAACGUUUGUGAAGCACCAAGACACACCAAUAGUCAUAGCCAACAACCGAACCCUCACCUACACUCUCCUUGUCUCCCUCUUGCUCUGCUUCCUUUGUUCAUUGCUAUUCAUCGGCCAGCCGCAGAAGGGGACAUGUCUCCUCCGACAAACAGCUUUUGGCAUCAUCUUCUCAGUGGCUGUUUCCUGUGUGCUGGCCAAAACCAUCACUGUGGUUCUGGCUUUCAUGGCCACCAAACCAGGAUCCAGUAUGAGAAAAUGGGUAGGGAAAAGACUGGCCAACUCCAUUGUUCUUUCUUGCUCCCUUAUCCAAGCAGGCAUCUGUACGGUGUGGCUGGCAACCUCCCCACCAUUCCCAGAUGUCGAUAUGCACUCUAUGAGUGAAGAAAUUGUACUUGAAUGUAAUGAAGGGGCACCUACUCUGUUUUAUUGUGUGCUUGGAUACCUGGGUUUCCUGGCCAUUGUCAGUUUGGUGGUGGCUUUCCUAGCCAGGAAACUGCCUGACAGCUUCAAUGAAGCCAAAUUCAUCACUUUCAGCAUGUUGGUGUUUUGCAGUGUUUGGCUGUCCUUUGUUCCCUCUUAUUUGAGCACCAAAGGAAAACACAUGGUGGCUGUGGAGAUCUUCUCCAUCUUAGGUUCCAGUGCUGGGCUGCUAGGCUGCAUCUUCUUCCCCAAAUGCUAUAUUAUUGUCAUGAAGCCAGAGAUGAAUAACAGGGAACAGCUAAUGAAGAGACCAAGUAAAAGCACUUAAGUGUCCAGAACUUCUGCUUCAGGCUGUAGGCUGCAAGCUGGCAAAUGCAUCAAAAAAAGUUUU